AAAGCAUCUCAUAUUUUUUUGUUUACUAUUCACCGAAAUAAUGCAAUUUAGUUAUAAAAAAUUAGGUUUAAAAUAAAAUAUUUUAUUUAUUAUGUCGGCUAAUAAAAUGCCUGUAGACAUUAAUCGUCUUACUGAAGGUUGGUUGGAAUUAGAAUCAGACCCAGGACUUUUCACACUAUUGCUUGAGGAUUUCGGUGUUCAUGGAGUACAAGUUGAGGAAGUAUAUGAUCUUCAAAAACCUAUAGAGGGUCCAGUAUAUGGAUUCAUUUUUCUAUUCCGUUGGAUAGAGGAAAGAAGAGCACGCAGAAAAAUUGUAGAAACCACAGCUGAAAUCUUUGUAAAAGACGAUGAAGCUGUAGCAAAUAUAUUCUUUGCUCAGCAAGUUGUUCCAAACAGCUGCGCUACUCAUGCAUUACUAUCGGUACUUUUGAAUUGCAGUGAGGCAGACUUACACUUGGGAGACACUUUAAGCCGACUUAAAAGUCACACCAAAGGCAUGUCUCCCGAAAAUAAGGGCUGGGCUAUUGGCAAUACACCAGAGCUCGCAUGUGCACACAAUUCACACGCUAUGCCUCAGGCCAGACGACUAUUGGAAAGAAAUGCUGGUUCAGGUGUAUCUACGGGACGAUUUACCGGAGAAGCUUUUCAUUUUGUAAGUUUUGUUCCUAUAAAUGGUCACCUAUUUGAAUUGGAUGGUUUGAAGCCGUAUCCAAUGGAUCAUGGUGGCUGGGAGGAAUGUGAGGAUUGGACGGACAAAUUCAGACGUGUUAUGGCAGAACGACUUGGUAUUGCCACCGGCGAACAAGACAUUCGUUUCAAUUUAAUGGCCGUAGUUCCAGAUCGUCGCAUAGCUAUAACGCACAAAUUGAAAAUGUUGCGCACCAAUCAGGCCAUAGUUUCUGGAACCUUACAAAAACUUCUGAAGGCCAAUGAAGCUGUUGCUAAUGCCUCAGACAGUGGAGCUUUGACCACAUUAAAAUCUGAAGAGAACGGAACAGAUCAAUCAUCGUCUUCAUCUACAUCAUCUUCACAGUUAAACCAACAACAACGUAGUGUUUCGCCUUCACCUCUUUUGGAUGCUUCGAACGCCUUCACCGUAAGAGAUUUACAGUCUCUGUUGAAAAAUCUUGAUUCUGAAAUUGCAAUUAAUGAACAACAUUUAAAUGAUGAAAAUGAUCGACGCUACAUGUUUAAGGUGGACGACUGUCGACGUACACAUAAUUAUGAUGAAUUUAUAUGUACAUUUCUUUCUAUGUUGGCUCAUCAGGGAGUAUUGGGAGAGUUGGUCAGUCAGCAUUUGCUGCCUUCAAAGAAAAUUGGUGGUCAAAGUGCGGUUAAUCGCAUUAGCAAACAAACGUCUAAUAACAAUGCAGUUGCACCCAAACAAAAGAAUGGAAAAUCACCAAAAACACCAGGGCGGCGAAGAAAAGGUCGAAAUAAAUGUAAAAAACGUAAAUAAAUACAUAUUUAUAAAUAUCUUCUAAGAA